AUGGCGACGCCCACGUCUACAUGUAUCGCGGUCAACGUCGCUUUUUACGUUGCGUUGGUCUUUGUCGACUACAUUGUCCAUCGUUGCUUACGUGCCCCUGAGCGGGCUAUAUGUAUUGCGGUCAACGUCGCUUUUCACGUUGCGUUGUUCUCCGUCGACUACGUCGUCCCUCACUGUUUACGUGCCUCUGAGCAAUGUAUACGUAUCGCGGCCAACUUCGCUUUCCACGCUGCGUUGUUCUUCGUCGAGUACGCCGUUCAUCGCUGGAUACGUGGCCAUGAACAGGUUAUACAUACUUCGAACUAUGUUGCUGAGCACACGCAGCCCCGUCAGACUGUAGCCCACAUUAAUGGGAUUGGUUUCGAGUCCCUCCGGUGGGGGGUGCCGGUACUGAGUGUGCGCGGUCGCAUCGCUCUAACGGAUUUUGCAGCCCUCCGGUGGGGGGUGCCGGUACCGAGCAUGCGCUGUCGCAUCGCUUUCAGUGCUACGGCAGCCCUUCGGUGGGGGGUGCCACUCGGAGAUCUUGCGUUUUUCGGACAGAGGAACUACUGGACUUCCCUGUCAUGUUUGGUUCGCGCUGCCUCCUAUCCGUUCAUUCGACGGUAUCGCUUAAGGGGUUCGAGCUCAUAG